CAAGAGUGUGUGUUUGUGUGUGCAGGAAGAUAUCGCUUGAAAAAAAGAACCGGAAGAGAAGAAAUAGCAGCGCAUUCUCUGACACACUUUCUGGCUCUCCAGCUGUCUAAGCUCCUCUUCCAUCCGUAACCGAAGGUCCCUCUCAUGGGCAAAGUGAAGGGCAAGUCUGGGCCCCUGGCUCGGAGGCCAGACAACUCCGCUUUCAAACAGCAGAGGUUACCUGCAUGGUCUCCCAUGCUAACAGCUAACACCGUGCUGCCCUUCUUCUACUUAAUGGCUUUGAUAUGUAUGCUGCUGGGAGUAUGGCUGCUCCUUACAGUGCAGAGCACACAGGAAAUAAAGCUGGACUACACAGAGGCGGGGACAUGUGACAUUUGUUUUGAAAAGCGUAAAAAUUCUAGCAAUGCAGCCCAAACUUGUAGCUGCACACUUGUGUUUCCCAUUAAGAAAGCAUUGAAGGGAGAUGUCUUUUUUUACUAUGGCCUCCAAAACUUCCAUCAGAACCUCCGCAGAUACAUGGACUCCAGAGAUGAUGGACAGAUGGUUGGUAGGAAGAAAAACUUAAAGAACCCCAGUUCAUACUGCGAGCCAUUCAUGAAGGACCAAAAUGGUCUCCCCAUUGCCCCCUGUGGGGCUGUGGCCAACAGCAUCUUCAAUGACUCCUUCGUUCUGACCUAUCAUGGUUCUGGUGGUUCUUCAGUUCUGGUCCCUCUGUUACGGAAGGGCAUCGCCUGGUACACAGACAAAAAUGUCAAGUAUCGCAACCCAAAUAAUGACAACAUGACCCUGGCUCAAGCAUUUGAAGGCACAGCACAGCCUCUGUACUGGCAAAAGCCUGUGUACGAGCUCGAUCCCCUCGACCCGACCAACAACGGCUUCAUCAAUGAUGACCUGAUCGUAUGGAUGAGAGAGGCAGCCUUCCCCAACUUCAAGAAGCUCUAUGGGGUUUUAUACAGAGCCAACCAGCCCUUUACUAAGGGUCUGCCAGCAGGGAAUUACACCAUCAACAUAUCCUACAACUUCCCCGUGCAGUACUUCCAAGGCAGAAAGGAAGUAGUGCUGACCACGCUGACAUGGUUUGGUGGUCAGAACCAUUUCCUGCCCGUUGCUUACCUCGUAACCAGCUGCCUGAUCCUAUUGAUAGCUGUCAUUCUCACUGUGGCAUGGUGGAAGUUUGGGAAAAAUGGAAAAAGAUUGGAAGAAUGAAGGGGUAAGACACUGGUGCACUGGGAGGCUUAGGAGUGAAAAUCUCACAAGCACCUGAAAAUGAUAAUUGUCGUGCUACUUUGGAGUUGUUUUAAAGAGACAACUAAUCUGAAAUGACAAGAACAUUGAUACAA